ACUAAACCGCGUUGCUCACAAUUACAGGGAUGUAAGGUUGGCGAUGGAGUCGAACAGUUGGUUUGACGUCGGUGUGUCACCCGCAGGGUUCAGACAGAAUUGUGACCUGUCAUCUAGGGCUUUGAGUGUCAAAGCUUACUUUGUCAAGAGGGUUAGAAAGCUGCAUCAGGGCUUCUGGUGCUGUAAUUAGUAUUGAGAUCAAAAGCAAAGAGCUUGAGCAUUUAUGCCUGCGCAUGCCUCUAAGAGCAUCCCCACACCCAGUACUGUUCGGACAGCCUUGCUCCAGAAUCACCCCGGGCUCGCCACUGAGAAUGGUCCACAGCCUCUCUCUCUCUCUCACCAACCCUGUCUGACAAUCUAUGCAGUUGAUGGGAGCAGGAUGUGCCUGAUAUUCAAGAGAAACUGUCGCUUUUCUUGUGGCUGCAGGAAGAAGAAUGGAGACUUAAGAAGACGACAUGAAGGAACAGGCAUAAGUGAAGGAGCUCACCCUAUCCCGGUGUCUUGUACCUCUGAAGUAGAGAAGAACGUCGCGAGAAGUACAAACUAAUCCGUGGCAAAACAAAACAGAACUGCACUAACACAGACAUAGAUCGAUCACUCUUGAUGGAAUGCCAAUAGAGCAACUCAUUGUGUAAGGAAAUUUCUGAAGCAUGGAGUCUGUCGGAGAGCGAAUAUUGGCUUAUGAUUCGAUUCUGCAAACCCGUGAGCAUGAAAACAUGGUCUCGACCACCAGAGCGGCGCCACUUCCUUGGUCUGCGUAACAAGUUUCAUGUCCUCACGCUGCUGAGUGUAGUCACGGUUUCCAUCCAUCUUUCUGAACCUUGCAUGGUCCUCUCCAAGCUGUAUCUCAGCGCUGAGUGCACAUAAGAAAGGCCCCAGGAACACCUCCGCUGUUUCUGGCUCCUGAACUCUGACAGCCGUCGAAUGGGAGUUCCUGAGGCUCCCCAUUGGCAGAUCUGCUAGCAGCCCAUACUCGGCGCUGUAUUGGUGCCAGUUGGGGUUCUUUGGGUAAGGAAGAAGGUUGUCUGGCACCGAGUCAUCCCCCAGCUCCUCCCUUAAUUCAUCACCAUGCCAAAGAUUAUGGCUGCCUCCCGCUCUUCUGCCCUUGUAAUAAUCCUCCACAAGACCACAGUUGAAUUCGUGUGCCAGGUCCACAAUGUACACCUUCAACGGAUCCAAACAAGCCGCACCGUCGACAGGUUUCCUAACUGACUGUCGUGGUGGGGUUGAGUCAGAAGGCACCAGAAGGUCAAUUGGACUCGGAAAGAGAAGGGCGCUGAAGAGAAGAAAGGCUAGGAAGAAAAGUAACAUGGUUCGCGGGACUAUGAGCUCCAUGGCCUGGUAAUCACCAUAACCCAGUUCUACUCGAAUCGGCUUCUCCACACAAUAAAAAGCUGUAAAACUCAAUUGUAAUCUGGCUUACAAGCCCCCUUGUCCUACUUUUCGAAGACCUUCUGGCAACAAUUAAGGGAAACAAGCUCCCCACUACCGGAAGUUGAGUUUUUGUGGUUUCUUCAAUUCGUUUUCUUAAGAUUUGAGCAGCUGGUCACUGCAAACGAGUAGACUUGCGUUCUAGUACUUGAGGUGGCGGAGCACAGCCCGAUUAUCACUAAAAACUAGGGAGCGGAUAUUUUGGAACCCGUAUUGAGACCCGGCCCACGUGAACCCCGGCUGCUUCUUCCCGACUCUCCGGGGGUUUGGUUUCGUUGGGAUUCCUCGUCACACUUCUGUUUUGCGAGAAAUUGCGGCCUGGAGUAGCCAUGACGAUGACAGAGGUGUGAAGACAUGGAAUAGGAUCUGUUGCCCCUAGACUUGUGACCAUCCCUCGUUUCACACACAUUACUGGGCAGGACAGCUCUUGCUGCAGACCUGCUCGAGAGGUUUUUUGUAAUUCUUGAAGGCGUCGUAAUUCGGAGGGCUUUUCUGUGCAGAUUGUGAGGUUUCCGCGUGGUAUGUCACGUGGGUUACUUCGUUAUCUGAGAGCUGGCACUUAGAGCUCGUUUGUAUUUUUGAGCAUGAUGAGCUCCAUGGUGAGGUUUAGCUCGAGCCCGUGCUCUUUCACCGGGUCGUUGUGCUCAACAUCGCCGCAGUCGAUGCACCCCAUGAGCUCUGUCGCGGCAAAGGUGACGAGGCAAUGUGGGUGCUUGAGAGCGGGGAAUAAGCUGGAUAAGGACCAAUUUGUGGGUGAUGGGAAACCACUUAUGCAUCAACAGACGCGGGGAUGGAGUCAGGGGCGGGAGAGGUGUCACGCAGGGAGGUCUGUGGUGAUGGCCAGUAUGAGUGGCGCCAAGAUCAAGGUCAUUGGUGUAGGCGGCGGGGGCAACAAUGCUGUGAACCGCAUGAUUGGGAGCGGCAUUCAGGGUGUUGAUUUUUGGGCCAUCAACACAGAUGUUCAAGCUUUGCAGAAAUCACAAGCCGAACAUCGCGUUCAAAUCGGCGAAGCUUUGACCCGAGGACUUGGUACUGGUGGAAAGCCAUUCCUUGGAGAACAAGCAGCAGAGGAAUCGAUAGAAAUCAUUGCACAGGCAGUGGUAGAUGCUGAUCUUGUCUUCAUUACUGCGGGCAUGGGUGGUGGAACGGGGUCUGGGGCUGCCCCGGUCGUUGCCCGUGUGGCCAAAGAGGCAGGGCAACUCACUGUUGGUGUUGUCACUUAUCCGUUUACGUUUGAGGGCCGUCGGAGAAGCCAGCAGGCAGUGGAGGCAAUAGAGAAUCUGCGGAAGUCUGUCGACAGUCUUAUUGUCAUUCCUAAUGACCGUCUACUCGAUGUCUCCGGAGAUAAAACUCCUCUUCAGGAAGCAUUUUCUCUAGCCGACGAUGUUCUUAGGCAGGGAGUUCAAGGCAUUUCAGACAUCAUCACAACGCCAGGUCUUGUGAAUGUUGAUUUUGCAGAUGUUAGAGCUGUAAUGAGUAACUCAGGUACAGCCAUGCUUGGCGUUGGCUCCUCUAGUGGCAAGAAUCGUGCUGAGGAGGCCGCUGUUCAAGCUGCUUCAGCCCCUCUUAUUGAACGCUCUAUUGAACAAGCAACUGGCAUUGUAUACAACAUCACUGGUGGACCGGACCUCACAUUGCAGGAAGUCAACACCGUGUCUGAGAUUGUAACAGGUUUAGCUGACCCCUCAGCUAAUAUCAUUUUUGGAGCGGUAGUGGAUGACAAAUAUACAGGUGAAAUCCAUGUAACGAUUAUUGCCACGGGGUUCUCUCACAGUUUUCAGAAAUCACUAGUGGACCCAAACGUUUCUAGGUCGGAGAGGCAGGACGCCCCGAGUAAUGCACUCGAGAAACCUUGGAAGCAACCAACUCCCACCUCAUCAAGAUUUCGUCAAGGCCUUAAUAGCAAGGGGUUUUUGUAGUCUCUAGACUAAAUAUUGAUGGUUUUUAGCAUUUAAUAUACGACCAUUCGGGGUUUAAGAUUUUCCCGCUAUUACUUCCUCUCGUAUACGAGUUUCUGAUUUGACCUCAGGGAUACGAAUCUCAUAUCCCAUUCUCUCUUCACACAUCAGACGCUGGCUUUUUCAUAAGUUAGCUGAUUCUCUUCAACUACAUCGAUUCUUUCACUGAGAAGGCAUUGAGGCUGUCAGAAGUGAAGAGUAAAACACUGCAGAAAUGUUUUUUUCAGAGUACCUACACUGAACACGUGUCGGAGGUGGUCUUUCUCUCAGCCGUCUAGUUGUAGAAUCUAGUUUUCUUGGAUGCUACAGUUCAGUUUUGAACUUCCUGGGUGUGUUGAGAGAUGAACUACUUUCAGUGACCUACUCGAGGCUUACUUGACCCAAUGUUGACCUCAAAGAUUGCUCGUGUGCUGUUUUCAACCUUCCUUUCAAGCCGAUGUUGUGAGCUUUACUACCAUAAUCAACAAUGUGUGAUAAGGAGAGAGGAGAACGGGUAAAGAGACAGCCUAGAAGUUCUUCACAGAUCUGCUGCAUUUUCUUUGUGGGUGGUUGCUCUAGUCCUUCUCUCCUUUAGGAACUCUUGGCAGAGACGACGUCGCACUAAAUAGUGCGAGAUUUAAGAUUUUCCCGCUUGAAUGUUUUAUAUGA